CCUCUUUCAUGUGAUCUAGCUAGCUCCCACUUCUUCCCUCCCCACAUACUCCAUCUGUGAUUCACUUCAAUACCCUUCUUCUCCAUCCUCAACCCUUUAAAUCUAAGCUCUCCCUCCCUCCCUUCUCACUACUACCUGCCAAUUUCUUUAAUUUUUCUAGCCCAUCUAGAGAAAAGAUCAAAGCAAUGAGGAGCCUUGUAUGCAUUGCAACAUUCCUAGCCAUUCUCCUCCUCUUCCCAACUUUCAUUUCAACUCGAAAAAUUGGCCAUGGCCAUGGUCACCACCAUCCAGUGAGGCCAAGAAGUAGAGAUGGAGAGAAGAUGAAGCCUGGCUUGUACUGGGAAGUAGGAGCGAAAAAACCAGGGCCAAAGAGAGCAGACACACUUCAAAUUGCAGGUUCAAGCUUACCCGAUUGUUCUCACGCGUGUGGAUCGUGUUCGCCGUGUAAACUAGUAAUGGUGAGCUUCAUGUGUUCAUCGCUUGCAGAGGCAGAGACAUGUCCCAUGGCAUACAAGUGUAUGUGCAAUAGCAAGUCUUAUCCUGUUCCAUGAAAUGAGAUUAUCAAGAUUUGUUCCCUUUGAUACACAUUUUGUUACAGGAGAGAGUCCUUAAAUCCUUUUGAGUUAGGUGGAGGAUGGAGAUGUAUUGACACUUAGGUUAUACACAUAUCAGAUCAGAAAAGGGAUGGGAAGCAAAAUAUCAAGCUCUCUUAACUUUGUAGCUUCAUCUUCCCUUGUGUAAUUCCUGUGAUACAUCACAUUUCUCAGUUUUGACUAUGUUGAAAUACUAAUAGACAGUUGGGUUUUGCAGUU